GGAGGCGCACACAUCACAAUGGCAACUUGCGCGGUGAGCAGCGACGCUGAUGAUGAAGUCAGCGAUCCUGGUGCGGCUCCUUAUGGCAACUUCAUAAACUACUACACGUUUAAUCCUCCGGAGAACCGUCUGAGUCUGAUUCCGACCACACUCCUCCAGGAUUUAGGUUACAGCGACGGGCAGCAGACCACACUGAUCCUGGACGUGGGAUGUAAUUCAGGGGACCUGAGUGUGGCCCUUUACAAACAUCUAGCACAGGAUCCUGUGAGCAAAGAAGAAUCAGACAGGAGGAGAGUUCAUCUCCUUGGCUUCGAUUUGGAUGAAGCCCUCAUUCAGCGGGCACAGCAGACCAAUCCCCUGCACAAUAGCAUCACAUUCCUCCCUCUGGACAUCACUGGAGACACCAACCAGCUGCAGGACUACCUCAAGCAGCACAGCUGCUCCCACUUCCACCUGUGUGUGUGCCUGGCUGUCACCAUGUGGGUUCAUUUAAACCACGGAGACUCCGGCCUGCUGCAGCUGCUCUCUCGCCUUGCCUCCAUCAGCCAGCACCUCCUGCUGGAGGCCCAGCCCUGGAAGUGCUACCGUUCUGCAGCCCGGCGGCUCAGGAAGCUGGGCCGCUCAGACUUCGACCACUUUAAGACCCUGAAGAUCCGGGGGGACAUCACAGAUCACGCCAGGGAACAUCUGGAGAGUCACUGUGGCAUGGAGCUCAUCCAGAGCUUUGGCAGCACUGCAUGGGACCGUAAGCUGCUGCUUUUCAGAAGGAGAUGAGACUUAAAGAGCAGUGAGAGGUGUUCAAGAGAUCAGGACAAAGAAGUAGUUGAUUAACAUUAAUCAGCAGUGAUUGUCAGUUUUCAAACAAAAUUGCCAAAAUUGCAGAUUAUUGCUUUUCAAGUGUGAAGAUUUGUGGUCACCUUAAAUGCUCAUGAACUGAUUAUCUUUGGGUUUUGUGUCCUUGAUUAAAGAAGUCAAGCAAACUGAAGUCAACUUUAGACAUUUUGCACUAUUGAUCAGUGAGUCGGGAUAACCAGCAGACAAUCAAUAACAACAAGUGUGGCUACAACAAAUGAUUAUGUUCAUUAUUAAUCUGCCAAUUUUUUCACAAUUGUGUUGUCUGAAAAUAAAACGUAUCCAUUGAGUUCAGAGUGUAAAGGUGGCAUUUUCAAGUGUUGUAGUCAAAUAGUCUAUUUAGAAGUGUUAUAAAGCUGGAGAAAAACAGCAAAUCUUCACCCUGGAGAAGCUAUAACCAAAUAAUUAUUUGACUAUUUGCUUAAAAAAAACAAAAAACAAACAAAAAAAAAAAAACAGUUUGUCAAAUUUAUGGCAAUUUGACAAAUCAUUGCAGUUCUUAUGAAAUUGCAGCAUUAAAGACAAGAACUAUUUAUUCUCAGUCCAAAGAAACUUGGACCUGCGGCACUUUUAAGUGGAUACUUAGUGGCCAAAACCUUUUGUUCAUUUUCAUACAGUGUUUUUCAAUUUAUUGCAGUCUUCACAUUCUUGUUAAUUGUCUAGCUUUGCAAUCGUCAUCAGCAUUGCAGAUUAAAUG